AUGGCCACCAAAGGUGGAGUGAUUAAAACCAGCAACGCUGAAGAUGCCAGAGUUAGCGAAAAACCGAGAUCUCGCAGAGCUGUGGGACUGCAGGAGGUUCCAGAGAUCAGAUGGUGUUCAACUGUCUUUGGUUAUGAGACUCUGUUUAGUAUUGAUGCUCAUUAUGUUUCAUUCAUUAAGCCUGAAUGUGAACUCAGAAGGAAUAAAGACACAAGGGCAACUAUUGGGGUUCCAACACUAUCGAUAGUUGCAUCAACUGCCAGCUCUGUUGCUUUGAUCCUCCUCCUGGUAGUUUUAUUUGUUUUGCUGCAACCAAAGUUGAAGUCAUUUCACCACAGCAGGCGAGAUCAGGGAGUGUCGGGGGAACAGGUGUCCAUUGUAGUGGAUGGGGUUCCUGUCUCUCUGCCGUCCUACGAGGAAGCCGUGUACGGCAGCUCAGGAGCUGCCAUCCCGCCUUCUGGCUCACGGGUACAGAUCGUCAUGGCGGAAGGGCCAGUUCCAGGUGAAGACGCCCCAGAGGAAGGUGCCCACUGCACCAGAGAUGCUGACGACUGCCCAGAAGGUCCUGGCGACUCUGAGGCUCAUGGCAGCGGAAACCGUUCAGAGACUGUUCUGAUUCAUCAGCCCGCCUUCUCGUCCCCCGCACACUCCCAUAGUUUGGUGAUGAGGCUGUCUUUGUCUUCUGACACUCAAGACACCGAGAGCAGUGACGUCCAGAGUCUUCUAUCCCUCUCCUCCCCUGUGGGAUCUACUGAUGAUAUUCCUCUGCUCAAGGAUGCUUAGGGGGACUGCCUGUGGCUUUCUUCUUCUCUUCCUCGGCCUCCUCUUCAACACUUGGCUCUCCAUCUCCAAUUAAUUGACUCGAAUCCUGUAACAGGAGCUGCAGUAAAGACAUUCCCCUCACUCUGCUGAAGCCUGGUAUGGACAUGAUUCUGUGACUCAGUCGCAUCUACAGCCUGCACUGGGCACAUUCUGGCUAUGGAGACACUGCCUUCAUAUGGAGGGUAAUGCUGGGAACGAUCACCCUCUAGCGAGUGACAGAUAAACCUGACAUCCUUCACAACACAGGAUAUAGACUAGACGCUGAGUGGCGGUGGUGUCCUGACCUGUACAUCUUAACUGCUUUUCCCCUAACCCUGUUUUGGUCUUCAGUGCCAUUCCUGCUCCCAUGUCUGUCACCACUGCUUAGUCCAGUUUAUGAUAGGUUAGAAGGCUCCAGCUACUACUUAAUCCAUUCCCCCAGACCUGGCAGACCAUGCAAACUUCAGCUCUGAAGCCAAAAAGCCAGCUUGGAAUAUCGACUGAGUAAGUUCAACAUCAGAAUGAACAAUUUGCCCCUUUUAUUCUAUUUAAGCUGGGUGCAGCGGAUUUCCAGGUCAUUGCCACAGUUGCCUGUUGAUCUUUCUAAGGGAUGUAUAAUAGAAAAGAUUAUUUUUGGUGAAUAAGGUGUGCUGCUCUGCUAAUAUACCUCUGAGGUGGGAUCAGGCAAGAACAGAUUGGCAAAAGUCAUGUAGUCUGCCAUGGGAGACAAGCUGGGAUGCAUUGUUCAAAAGCUAACUGCUGCAGAAAGCUGAUUGGGGCCAGGUCCUCCUUUGUCUUCCGUGCAAACCACUUUUUGUUUUGAGAAAUUAACUCUGGCAAAUUAGGGAUUCUACAGCCAGUUUCCACACUGUAGCAGGUGACAUUCAGCCCAUCAAGUCCACACUGACCAUCUGAACAGCACCCAGAUCCACCUCCCUCCUCUAUCCCUGCAUUCCCUAUUGCUGUUCAUCUAGCCUACACAGCCCUCGACACUAUGGGCAAUUUGCCAUGGCGAAUCCACCUAACCUGCACAUCUUUGGACUGUGGGAGGAAACCCAAGCAGACACGGGAAGAAACGUACAAACUCCACACAAACAGCUGCUCAAGGCUGGAAUCAAACCCGGAUCCCUAGUUCUGUGAGGUAGCAGCGUUGACCACUGAACUACCUUGUCUCGGACAUGAGCUAGGCUUCCCCCUAACUCUUACAUCUGUGACCAGGAAACACUAGUGGUAGCUGAUGAAGUGAAUGAAGAGGAAAGAAAGAAAUACCUUCUAUUGAUAUUGCACCUUUUACAACUUCAGAGCAUCCCAAAAUGCUUUACAGCCAAUGAAGUAGCUUUGGAGUGCAGUCACUGUUGUAUGGCAGGGCAAUUUGCGCACAACAAAGUCUGACAGACAGUUAUGUGACUAGAGAUUCUGUUUUACUGACAUUGCUCGAGGGAUAAAUAUUUGGCUAGAUCCAGGAGAGAAGUCCCUUAAUCUUCCAAAAAGUGCCAUGGGAUCUUUCACAUCCACCAGGGAGGAUGAUCAGAGGGUUAGUUUAAGGUUGCAUUAGCACCUCUGAGUGCAGCACUCCCUUUGUGUCAGUGCUAGCCUAGAAUUUGUACUCAACUCUUGGAAGGGUGGCUUGAACUUGCAGCCUUCUGAUUUGGCUCACUGUGGGUCAGCAGUGAUCCUGUAAAAUCUGUCCAUGGAAGCUGAUAGAAAGGUCACAACCUUUACACUAUCUGAAAUUCACCCUGCAUUGCUUGCAGUCCUCCAAAGCUGGAAUACCAAAUACUGGUGGCUGUUCCCCUCCUUGAUGUAAACUUCAGAAAGGCUAAAUGGAACUUUUCUUUCUCUUUUUGCCUUGCUGAUGCGAGUGAUGUGUACGUAUGGGUGGUUUAAGGGGUAUGUACGAGUGUGCGUGUGCAUGUCUGUAUUUUCCUGUUUUCACCUAUUUUAUUGACAGGCCUGGAAAAGUGCAAUUCCAGGGUAAGGCUUCAAUGGUUAGAUUAAUAAGGUGAUGUGUAGAUAUUUCCAAAAAAGGUGAAAACUAGGCUUGGCCAAAUUAAAUCAACAGCACUUUCAUUUAUAAAGCUUUUUAAAUUAGUGAACUAUCACAGUAAAAUUUAUGAGACACUUUGACACUGAGCUUUGUGAGAUAUUAGUGUAUUAAAGGAUAGGAACACAGCUGGAAAGUGUGGAUAGCAAGAGGGAUGCUAGUCUUAAGGGGUGUGAAUACAGAGAAAUAAAUCUUAACAUCUAAGCAUUGCAAGCACGUUGAUACAACACAGAAGGCUAGGGGCUAGAGAAAUUGGAACAUAUAGAUACCAAAACAUUCACAUAGGGUAUCCCUUCCACACUGGCAACACUAACUGUACAUUCCCCCUUUCUACAACAGUGAUCCAGUAAAGGCUGCUUGAACACUUGACGAUGAGUUGGGUAUUUCCCAGGUUUGUUCCUUGGCCUGAACUGAACAUAUAUUUUUGUUGAAGUGAGGACCAAUGACUGUUUUCUAUCUAAAUGCUCCCCAAUUGUUACCUUUAGGAUGACUGAACAUGAGGGUUAAUUAAAGCCUGAACCAACCAACCCUGAGGCUUUGUGUGCUGCAAUACAGGCAUAUGCCACCUCACCUCAACCAAAUGACAUUCUUGGAGAGCCAAAACCAGAUGUGAAAACUAGGACAAUUAAGGAGAAAAAUCUAGAAAAUCUCUCUCUCUAUCCAACACCCCAGGAGCUCUCAUGGGUAGAGACUGGCAUGGAUAUCUAAUCAGAAAUGGACUCUGAGAUAAAACAGCUAAGACACAGGAAUAACAUACAAAUUAUAGCUGUAAGUCCACCUAGUCUAUGCUAGUACUUCAUAUGAACCACUUCAAUAUAGCAACAUAAUUUUCUAUUCUUUUCUGUCUCGCACCUCUAGCAUUCCCUUAAAAUACAUAUUUCUUUGUCAUAACCAACCCUGUGGUGUUGAGUGCCACUUUCUAGCUGAGCUCUGAGGUGAAAUGAGUCCACCCCUGCUGCAAGCUAACAAUCAGAUCCACAACUACUGAGUCUAAGCAGCAGCAUGACACAACCACGUUACUGGUAUUUCCACCUUCCUAUCCUUGCAGCUUCGUGUGUGCCCGUGCUAAGAUGUUGUGUGAAUGUGUUCCAAAUCGUGUACUUGGAUUAGCCAGUGCUUUUUUUUUGUAAUCACUGUUUCUUGGGCUCUUGGCUGUAGUGGGGAGGCACGUGUCAAUGAUUAGAUUUCAUUUUUCAUUGUAAAUAAAAGAAUUUCUCUGGUGUUUCCUAAGUGAGGAAUGGGAUGCUGUUGUACAGCCAUCCUGCUGUUGAUGCAGAGGCAAGAGCAUGGUUUCUUGUGACUUGGCUGUUAGUAUAAUUGAGUAGAGCUGUGGAAUGUCAGGGUCACUCAACCUGUGCAUCUUUGGCUUUUGCUUUCACAUUUCUUUGGAAUCCUGUAUAUUGCAAUUGGUGUGAAGAUAGUAUUUUAAUAUUUGUACAAAGUUAAUUUAAGUUUAAUUGUCUUAUGUAUAUAACUGCAUUUCUAAAUAAAAUUUACUCUAAGUGA